UUGUUCGAAACAGGUGUGGCUAUUCAAACAAAUCAAUCGAAAAAUAUGAGAUAGAGCGUAAACAGGGUCAAAUCAGUACGAACACUAAAAGCUUAAUUCAAUUAUCAGAUUACUGAGAUUUUGAAAAUCAAGGCUAGCUGCUUGGUUCUAAUUAACUUAAACAUAAAGGGUAAUUAGCCCAAAUUUUAUUGAAUUUAGGGUUAAAUUACCAUGGAAAUUAAAUUUAAUUAUUGAAUACAAGAGGAUGUGGAGGAAAGUUGCAUUUGUUGUGUGGACAUUGUGGUUGAUAUUGAUAAGUGUAGAAUGUAUUGUUGUUCAUGAAGAUGAAACAGACGCUGAAAUUAACUUAGAGACAAAGCGGACACAUAUCCAACCUCAAAAAAACGCGUUAAAAAUAUCACAUCAAAACACACAGGAUUUUUCAACCAAUCAACAAGCAAAUAUAACUUUAAAAAAACAUGAAGCUACUUCAAGACUGAAAUUAAUCAAUCAAGUUGUAAAAGAAUUAAAAAAUGUUUUAGCCAAAAAAACUCUUCCCACACAAGCAAAAUCCUCUUUAAUUAACGAGGUUUUUAAUGCCGAUGGUGACCCAAAAAAGGUAUCGAUAGCAAAGGAGAUAUUUCGAAAGAUACUAGAACCUUCUAAACCAACGAACGGAGCUGUUGGGGACCUCGGUGCAGAAAUGAUAAAAGUUUCUGUACUUUCAAGGAGUCAUUUUAAUACUACAACAGCACCAAGUAAUCUAUCUAAAAGAAGGAAACGUCGUCACCGCAAGCACCGACGUCGCAAAAAAACUAAAUCAGCUGACAAACAAGGAACUAAUUUUGAGAGAAACGUGAGUAAAACUCAGUAUAAACCUAGUCCAAAAAAUCAUCGACCACUGUCAAAAAGUACACCAAAGCAAGAACAUAUUUCCAAGUAUACACAUAAUACUGCAAAAUUAAAACGUAAUGCAUACAGGUUUAGAAAAGCAAAUUUAACUCUUCUUAACAUAUUAGCAAGAAGGCGAAAAUAUUUUAAGUAUGAAUUACAACCUUCGUCAGGAAAUAAAACUUCGCAUGAAGAAAGAUACCAUUUAGUCAAAGUUAAAAAUGACCCUGGCAUUGACAUGAGAGGAAAAACAGCAAAACUUUUAUCCUUAAAAAUCCAUUCACCAAACAAUUUGGCAAGUCCUGUCGCUGUUAAUGGGACAAAUACAAGUAUAAGUCGGAAAGAUUUAGUGAUAGAACUAGACGAUUCAAAUAACGACGACGAGUACCAAAACGGCCGGCGACGUGGUUUUAACCCAAUCAUGUCGUUAUUAAACCGUAUAACUAAAUCAAACGCCGCCGAUAUUGACGUUUUUGACGAGCGCGAUGACAAUGACAGAGACGACACCGAUUACGACGACGGAUUUAUUAGCCCCAGACGACGUCGUCUUGGAGAAAAUUUAUUUUUAAAUUCGUUCUCCGAUGAAAACGACGACGAUGACGGAUACAACGACAGCGAAGAGGAUUAUAACAACAGAUUUAGAAACGUCGAAAAUAAUUUUUCAGACCUUUACGAACCGCAGUUGGAACGCCAACUAGCGCCAUAUAAAAAUGACGCCCGUGAGGAAUUCGAUGCGCCAUAUAUGUACGAACAAGGUGAAGAAAACUUUUUUAAUAAUGUUCCCACAAACACUUACGAUCCAGAAAAACCUAUCAUUAUGGAAGUAGACCGAAAAAGGUAGAACUGAGCAAAUAAGGUAUAGAACAUAACAUAGACGCUACGCUAUGGCGAUAAGAUCGUCCAUGUAUAUAUUACACACAGUCCACUGUAAAUAUUUUUUUUUUGUUUUUAUAUAUUAUUGUUCAUAAUAUUACGUUUGGUUUCUCUAAAACACUCGAC